CUAAUAAUUUCCAUUCUUCCAUGCUCCAUUGAUUUUUUUUUUCCUCUUUUUUUGUGAGGAUAUAUUGGCGGACAAUGUUUGCCCUUCGAGUCGUGAAGAGCAGUGUUGGCUGCUCAGCAGCUCUCUACAGGUCUUCGCCUGGCGUCAAAGCUUCUCUCAAAUGCACAAGAUCCCCAUGUAGUCUUCAAGCGGCGGGCGCCAGAUAUAUCUCUGCAUAUGGAUACACACAAGCCAAAGUGCUGACGUACUCGAAAUAUGGCGAACCAAAGGACGUCUUACAACUUCAUAAACACUCUAUACCUGCGCCCACCGGCACCCAAGUCAAUCUCCGUCUUCUAGCCGCUCCAAUCAAUCCCGCCGACGUCAAUCAAAUCCAAGGCGUUUACCCUUCCAAACCCCCAUUCGAGACUACUUUAGGCACCCCCGAGCCCUCCGCCAUCGGCGGCAAUGAAGGCGCAUUCGAGGUCACAUCGACAGGAUCGAACGUAACCAAUCUUUCCACGGGCGACUGGGUAGUGAUGAAACGCACGGGACAAGGGACAUGGCGAACACACGCACAACUAGACGAAUCACAAUUAAUCAAAGUGGACAAAGAGGGUUUGUCGCCGCUGCAAGUCGGGACAGUGAGUGUCAACCCGGUUACCGCGUACCGCAUGAUCAAGGAUUUCUGUAAUUGGGAUUGGAUUCGUAGUGGCGAGGAAUGGCUUAUUCAGAACGGCGCGAAUAGUGGUGUCGGUCGUGCUGCUAUCCAGCUCGCUCGCGUCUGGGGUAUAAACACGCUUAAUGUGAUUCGAGAGAGAGAGAAUCCGAAAGAGACUGAGGCAUUGAAGAAGGAUCUUCUAGAUUUGGGCGCAACGGCUGUGAUCACCGAGGCAGAGCUGCUAUCCGGAGACUUCAGAGCUAUUGUACACAAAUUGACUAAAGAGGGCAAACAACCCAUUCGUCUAGCAUUGAACUGCGUCGGCGGUAAAAACGCGUCUGCAAUGGCAAAAGCACUCGCACCAGAUUCUCACCUGGUCACCUAUGGCGCCAUGGCGAAGCAGCCUGUGGCGUUGCCUUCUGGGCUUUUGAUUUUUAAGAAUCUUGUCUUUGCUGGCUUCUGGGUUAGUAGAUGGGGCGACAAGAAUCCACAGUUGAAGGAGAACACGAUCCGUGAUAUUUUUGAUCUAACGCGGAAUGGCAAGUUUAAGGAUAUUCCAGUGCAGGAAGUCAAGUGGACUUGGGACAAGGAUUAUUCAGAGCUUGUGCAGGAGGUCCAGGGUACGCUUACGGGGUAUCGUGGGGGGAAGUCUAUCUUUGUCUUUGAAGAGUGAAUGUUGUAAUAAUAAAUAAAUAUACUGGAUUGGAAUAAGUAUAUAUUUCUCACUCCUAGUAUGUAAGACCACGCAGACUACAAAUAUUGAAAACAUGACUAAAAUUAGUCUAUUCAUAAAUA